AUGUGGAAAAAUGGUGCUGAUCCUGUCAGGUUCUUUGCUGCUUUCUUGUCACACAUAAUCUUCGCCCUCAUCGUCAUCGGUCGCAAGCUUUUUUAUACAGCCUACCCUAAGAGAGACGGUAACGACAAUGUUGUUUCCGCAUGGGCCUCUGUGGAAAGUGCAAGCCAGAUUGAGGAUAAAAUACAAGAGCUUAUAGAUCUUGCCAGGCGCUUGGAAGAUGAAUUCCCCGAGGGGCAACAGAACGGGGAAUCAAUACAGUUGCAAAUCCUCGGCAGCAGUCAGGAGCAGAGCGAUGAACGGCAUGAAUCUCAGGGCCGAAGAGUCUAG